GAGUUCGCUAGAACUCAAAUUAGUUGUAUGUUGUAACAUUCUUCGUUUCUAAGACCCAAUAUUCAAUUUUCAUAAAGGAGCACUCAUUUACAUCUCCUCUUUGUUGAAGAAAAAGGAAAAAAGAGUCAAAUUUGGUAGUCUACUGAUAUGGGAUUGUUAUCUACAAAAUUCAUAAGUGAUUUUAGUAGUCCGUAAAUGCAAGCACUGAUAAAUUUUCGCUUCUGUCCAAUUCAGUCUCCUUUCAAAACCAAAAACUGCACCAUCCAUGAUCCGAAUGUCAACAUGGGCAACCCUAGUGCAAGCUGGAAGCAGAAUGAAAUAAUCAGCAUGAGCAACCAAGGUGAUGGCACCUUCAUCCUUCUUCUGUUCCCGUGAAUCGUAAGAAGAGUGGUCGGCAUCCAUGUUUUGCUGAGGGAUAUAACAUCCAUGGAACAUCCGAUUAUCAUUGGAUGUGCUCUUACAAUAUUUUUUGUCAGGGCAAUGUGAUGGGUAACAAGAAAGAACUUGCGAUGGGUAACAAGAAAGAAUCAGUUUUAGG